CGCCCACUGGAGCAGCGAUGAUGAAGGACCCCGAGGAAAGUUGCCACGUGCUUUCUGGAGCAGCGCUUUCCGAACUGUUGGAAGGAAGAGGCCGAUGAGCCGCCAUGCGGAGGCCCAACAUUCUGAUGACGGGUACUCCUGGUGUUGGGAAAACUACACUAUGCAAAGAGAUAGCCUCAAGAACAGGUUUAACUUACAUCAAUGUGGGAGAUUUGGCCAAAGAAGGGGAAUUGUAUGAAGGUUUUGAUGAAGAAUAUGAAUGUCCAAUUUUGGAUGAAGACAGAGUAAUUGAUGAAAUGGAAGAUGAGAUGAGUGAAGGUGGGGUUAUCGUGGAUUAUCACAGUUGCGACUUCUUUCCUGAACGUUGGUUUAACAUUGUAUUUGUGCUUCGCACAGAAAACUCAUUCUUAUAUGACAGAUUGGAGGGCAGGGGUUACAAAGGAAAAAAGCUGCAAGACAAUAUUCAGUGUGAAAUUUUUCAGACUAUUUAUGAGGAGGCCAUGUCCUCAUAUAAGGAAGAAAUUGUACAUCAGUUGACAAGUAAUACACCAGAGGACAUGGAACGGAAUUUAGAUCAGAUUAUACAAUGGAUUGAACAGUGGGUAAGAGAUAACAACUAACUUCUGAAUAUAAUCAGAGCAGUCGUAAAAAAUAAUCAAUGAAUUUACUGGUUGUAACAUAGUAGACUGUAAAAGACGAAAGAUUUAUACAGUCUGAAGAGAAACUACAACAGUGUUGUGUCUCACUCAUCCCAGCUGGAAUCAAGUGAAUGCAGAAGCUAUAGAUGAAGAAUGUUAAAAUCUCACAUUUUUGGACCUGGGCAUCAUAUACUGCCUUCAGAGAUUUAGGUGUAUUGUUCACCUUCUGAAAUGAGUUGUCUGGUUGUUAUGACUGCUAACGCUUAAUAAUCCUUGUAAAAAUGUUCUUGGACUGUUACAUUUUUUUUUCUAAAUUCGGGGAUUGCUGACAAUUGUGAAAAUAUAAUACAGAAGAUUAAGUUAUUUACAUGUUAAUAAUUUGCAUGUUCCCCUUUUGUAAAUAAGAAUUGACUCUAAAAUAGCUCUUAUUUUAAGUAGCAUCCACUAAAAUUUAAAUAUUGGUGGUAGUUUGCAAGAUUUCAGGAAAAAGAAGACUGUAUUUAACUCUAUGACUAAAUUCAUGAUUAAAUCCAAUUUAAUGUUAUGAUUUGAAAUGGAUCUGUCAUUGUUGCAUAUAUGUCUUUCUUUCUCCAUGAUACCUAUAUAAUAAAUAUUAUAUUACAAUUGUUUUUCAUUA